GUUCGAGCUCUUCCUUCCUGUCCUCUGAACACCGGUUGUCCUCUACAGCUGCCAUGCCUGAGAUCGGCAAAGAGUCCAAACAGCGUCUGCAAAAGCUAUUCAAAUGCGGCCAGUUCACAAUCCGCUGGGGAUUCAUCCCCCUCGUCCUGUACCUAGGAUUUAAAAGGGGAGCUGACCCUGGAAUGCCUGAACCCAAUGUACUAAGCUUGCUCUGGGGAUGAAGAAUUCAGAAAAACACUUCUAGGUCCAGACGUUGAAAACCGUUAUUGCUGUUGGCUUGGAGAAGCGGAAUACUGGUGCCACAG